GCCCAGCUGUUCCCUCCACAGAUUCUCCAGAGCUAGUUCAUCACCUCCGAAUACUCCUGUGACAGGAGGCGCUUGCAAAACCCGCCUCCAGCCCCUAGCAGCAAUAAAUAGAAGGCUCCCAGCCCAGAAGCGAGGAGAAGUUUCUAGGGUUUAUUAAGCUCCUGGCUCCACUCUAGACCUCAGCGGCUCUGGCUGCGAGCCUGGGCAGCCUGGGAAGACAGUGGCUGGCUGAUCUCUGGUGAGGUGGUGUGGAGGGGGCCCCUCUGAGAUUCUGCUGGACCGGCCGGGGGUCACCUUUGGUGGCUGAAGUGUCUUUGGGGGCUGGGACCGCAGCCUGGCGCGUGCCUUCGUCCUUGGCAGUGGAUGGUUUGGCAUUUUCUGAAGCCGAAGAACAAGCUUGGAAGGCUAGCCCAGCCGCAUCGCCUUGCUGAGUGACCUUGGGCAGGUGGCUCCCUCUCUCUGAGCCUCCAGUUUCCCCUCUAGCUCAGCAGCUGCCAUGGCCGAUGGUCAGAUGCCCUUUCCCUGCCACUACCCCAGCCGCCUGCGCCGAGACCCUUUCCGAGACUCGUCCCUCUCCUCCCGCCUGCUGGAUGAUGGCUUUGGCAUGGACCCCUUCCCCGACGACUUGACUGCUUCUUGGCCCGACUGGGCCCUGCCUCGACUCUCCUCGGCCUGGCCAGGGUCCCUGAGGUCGGGCACGGUGCCCCGCGUGCCCACCGCCACCAGCCGGUUUGGGGUACCUGCCGAGGGCAGGAGCCCCCCACCCUUCCCUGGGGAGCCCUGGAAAGUGUGCGUCAACGUGCACAGCUUCAAGCCGGAGGAGCUGAUGGUGAAGACCAAGGACGGCUACGUGGAGGUGUCUGGCAAACACGAGGAGAAGCAGCAAGAAGGUGGCAUCGUGUCCAAGAACUUCACCAAGAAAAUCCAACUUCCUGCAGAGGUGGAUCCUGCGACAGUAUUUGCCUCGCUUUCCCCAGAGGGCCUACUGAUCAUCGAAGCUCCCCAGGUCCCCCCUUACUCACCAUUUGGAGAGAGCAGUUUCAACAACGAGCUUCCCCAAGACAGCCAGGAAGUCACCUGUACUUGAGACCUUAGUCUUGGCCUAUCCUGUUCCCUCCCCAACCCCAGGGCUUCUCUGAUUCCAGGGUACAUUAUAUAUUACUUUAGCUGAACUCAUAGAUUUAGUGUGACUAAAAGGUUGGGGUCGAGGUGAAUUGACCAGUCUCUGGAUAGUGUAGUACUACUAGGUUUUUCCACAAGAGGGCGCAAUUGGCAAGUCAUGCUCGGUUGCGUUAGGCCAAAAUGCUGGGAGUUUUUCUUUCUUUACCUUUUCUAUCUUUAUUGAAAUGUUGCACAUUCUGUAGUUGCAAAACAAAUAAAAGGGGACAUAACAUUUCACAUUGAAUCUUAUCUUGCAGUGAAUGCAAGGGUUGCUUUUCUCUGGGGACCUCGCAUCACCCAGAUUCCUAUUCUAGGCUCCCAAUGUCCAUGUCUGCACCAUGGUUGGUUGAUGGAACCCUUUAGCUCACCUCUGCAGCCCUGGCCUACAAAGGGUGAUAGACAGGUCUUAUAUCCCCAAAUGAGAAUUAUUCAAUAGCCACAUAAAAACAAAUAGUGCCUUCUGCCUUCCACCUCGGCAUUUACAGCACAUUCUCAAGCUGCUACUCCCCAGGACUCUGGACACCCCCUCAGUUUAUCCUCUGGCUAAAGUCCCCCCUUUCUUUUGUCUCCUAUGUCCACGUCUGGAUUUUUACAGAGGGGGCUGUCUCCGGACAGCUCCACCAGGAACCAAGCAAAGGCCAAACAGCCUGGCUGGCAGGAUAGUGGUAUUAUAUAUGUGGGUGGGACAUGUGUGUCAUUGUUUUUUGAAUUGUGCUGUUGUUUAGGGGGAAAUAAUAGUAAACAAUAAUAAUAAUAAUAAAUAAUAAUAAUAAUAAUA